CACCGCCGGGCUCGUGGGCGCCCACUGAAUGCAGGGGACCUCGCUGAGCACGUAGGGAAACCGAGGGACGGCCCGGGCGCAGGGCGUGGGGACUGACGGUGGGACGCUGUCCCAGGCACACACUUGGGUGCUGUUUUCCUCCUCACAUCGCUGCAUCCUUUGUCAGGGUUGGAUCGAGCUCGGGCUUUGCUGCAGAGGGAACAGCUGAUGCGCCAGGGCCACGUUCUGACGGACACCUUGGCAGACGGAUGCUGUUCCCUGCUAGAAGAAGGUUGCUCACGGCUCUGCUGCAGGCUCAGCGCUGGCCCUUUCAACCUUCCAGAGACAUGAGACUGGUGCAGUUCCAGGCACCCCACCUGACCGGACCUCACCUGGGCCUGGAGUCAGGGAAUGGCGGAGGGGUCAUCAACCUCAAUGCCUUUGACCCCACACUGCCCAAGACCAUGGUAGAGUUCCUGGAGCGGGGAGAGUCCACUCUCUCAGUGGCGAGAAGAGCCCUGGCUGCCCAAUUGCCAGUCUUACCACGGUCAGAGGUGACCUUCCUGGCUCCCGUCACACGGCCAGACAAGGUGGUGUGUGUGGGCAUGAAUUACGUGGACCACUGCAAGGAACAGAACGUGCCCGUGCCCAAGGAGCCCAUCAUCUUCAGCAAGUUUGCCAGCUCCAUCGUGGGGCCCUACGAUGAGGUCAUCCUCCCUCCUGAGAGCCAGGAGGUGGACUGGGAAGUGGAGCUGGCCGUGGUCAUUGGGAAGAAAGGCAAGCACAUCAAGGCCACAGAUGCCAUGGCUUAUGUGGCUGGCUUCACUGUGGCACAUGACGUAAGUGCUCGUGACUGGCAAAUGAGACGCAAUGGAAGGCAGUGGCUGCUGGGAAAAACCUUUGACACCUUCUGUCCCCUGGGUCCUGCUUUGGUGACCAAGGACAGUGUAGCAGAUCCACACAACUUAAAGAUCUGCUGCCGGGUGAAUGGGGAGGUGGUCCAGAGCAGCAACACCAAUCAGAUGGUGUUUAAGACAGAAGAGCUGAUAGCCUGGGUCUCCCAGUUCGUCACCCUUUACCCCGGGGACAUCAUCCUGACGGGUACCCCCCCAGGUGUUGGUGUAUUCAGGAAACCUCCUGUCUUUCUCAAGAAGGGCGAUGAAGUCCAGUGUGAGAUUGAAGAACUGGGUGUCAUCAUCAACAAGGUGGUGUGAUGGCUCCUGCUGCAGGUCCUGGACUUAAGAGGCGGGCAUCCAUUCUCACUGUAUAGGGCAAGGCCCAGUGCUUGCCCCCUCAAGGCUCCUCAUCUAGGUGUGUGUUGGGGUGGGGGGCGGGGUGGGAAGUCUCUCCUCUUCAAUAAACUUCUCAGACUAAGUCA